AGCGAGGCGACAGCCAAUGGGCGUCCACAGUGGCGCGCGCGGAGGGGCCGGUGGAGGGGUCAGUGGAGGGGUCAGUGGAAGGGUCAGUGGGCGGUGCGGAUGUUCGCGGAGUGCGGCUGCGGCGCGGCCGGGCCGGGCCGGGCUGGGCCGGGCGGCUUAAGCCAUCUGUCCUUGAACCCUGCCAGCAAUAACAAGUCUCUGCAGCUGGGCAGUGCUGCUGGCCCGCAGGUGGUGGAAAGCCCAGCUGAGAAUGGAAGCGACCCAGGCAAGAAGAGGAAGAGAGCAAAUGUUCCUGCAGCAGAUGGUGGCAGGAAUCUGAACCUCGACUCUGUUCUGAUGGGCUUGCCAAUGUCAGACCCGACCGCCUGGGCCACCGCCAUGAACAACCUGGGGAUGGCUCCCAUGGGCAUGACAGGACAGCCCCUCCUGCCCGAUUUUGACCCAGCUCUCGGGAUGAUGACCGGAAUCCCUCCCAUCAACCCCAUGAUGCCAGGUUUGGGGAUCGUCCCGCCGCCCAUCCCUCCGGACAUGCCAGCUGCCAAGGAGAUCAUUCACUGCAAAAGCUGCACCCUCUUCCCACCUAACCCACAUCUUCCUCCUCCAGCAACAAGAGAGAGGCCCCCAGGGUGCAAGACGGUGUUUGUUGGAGGCCUGCCGGAGAACGCCACUGAGCAGAUCAUUAUGGAGGUGUUUGAACAGUGCGGGGAAGUCAUAGCCAUUCGGAAGAGCAAGAAGAACUUCUGUCAUAUCCGCUUUGCUGAGGAGUUCAUGGUGGACAAGGCGCUUUAUCUUUCUGGCUAUCGCAUCAGGCUGGGCUCCAGCACUGACAAGAAGGACACCGGGCGCCUGCACGUGGAUUUUGCUCAGGCUCGGGAUGAUCUGUACGAGUGGGAAUGUAAGCAGCGCAUGCUGGCGAGGGAGGAGCGCCACCGCCGGCGGCUGCAAGAGGAGCGAUUCCGCCCGCCCUCCCCGCCUCCCGUCGUGCACUACUCCGACCACGAGUGCAGUGUUGUUGCUGAGAAACUGAAGGAUGACACCAAGUUCUUGGAAGCCAUACAGACCUUGCUGACCUGGAUAGAGCGUGGAGAGGUGAACAGGAGGACUGCCAACAACUUCUACUCCAUGAUCCAGUCGGCCAACAGCCACGUCCGCAGGCUUGUGAAUGAGAAAGCAGCUCACGAGAAGGAGAUGGAAGAAGCUAAAGAGAAAUUCAAACUUGCUCUCUCAGGGAUUCUGGUUCAGUUCGAGCAGAUAGUGGCCGUGUACCAUUCUGCCUCCAAACAAAAGGCUUGGGACCAUUUCACGAAAGCUCAGCGUAAGAACAUCAGCGUGUGGUGCAAACAAGCAGAGGAAAUUCGUAACAUUCAUAAUGAUGAACUAAUGGGUAUUCGAAGAGAGGAGGAAAUGGAAAUGUCUGAUGAAGAAAUAGAAGAUCCGUCAGAGAUGAAAGAAACAGAAGAAUCAGCGCUGGUAUCACAGGUGGAAGCCCUGAAGGAAGAGAACGACAGUCUGCGCUGGCAGCUGGAUGCCUACCGGAACGAGGUGGAGCUGCUGAAGCAGGAGCAGGGCAAAGCCAGCAGGGAUGACGACACAACCAAGGAGCAGCAGAUGAAGCUUCUCCAGCAGGCUCUGCAGGGGAUGCAGAAGCAUCUUUUGAAAGUACAAGAUGAAUACAAGAAGAGAGAAGCUGAGCUAGAAAAAGUGAGAGAAGAAAAACUGAAAAUGGAGACAUUAUUAGAAAACCUGAAGGAGCAGCAGAGCAUAGCAGAUGAAGAGGACAAGGAGAGAGAUGCAGUUGAUUGUCAAGGCAAUGAGAGCAGCGCAUCCAGAGUUUGUGCGUGCAGCCAGGAGAAGGAAUGUCCGGUUGAGAAGACAUUGAGCAACAGUCCUGUGAAAUCUGAACGAGAAGUUCUGUUAGUUGGAAUCAUUUCAACAUUUCUUCACGUUCACCCAUUUGGAGCAAGCAUAGAAUACAUCUGUUCCUACCUGCAGCGUCUGGACAGCAAAAUUUGCACCGCAGAAGUGGAAGUUCUCAUGACUCGACUGCAGAACACGUUCAGGCAGGAGCUCAGUGGGGUCGGGGCCAGCCUGGAGAAAAGGUGGAAGUUUUGUGGCUUUGAUGGGUUGAAAAUGACUUGAGCUUCGACUUAAUGAUGAAAACGACAGCGGGAUACGUACACCAAGAAAUCCUCUUACCUCUGUUCAUUAUGAUAGUGUUGCACGCAUCAUGGACUCGGGUGGGAUAAUAUGUAAGUGAAACUGUACGUCCAGAGCAGCAAUGGAAGAAACUUCAAGUUCUGUAGCUUCUUUGUUCAGUUAUUUGGUCAAUAUAUUUUGUGAAAAAAGUUCCUGUCUGAUAUUUUUAAGCACAACGUGUUGACUACCUGUUUUGCCGAUGUUGUACGUGUUUUGUGCACCCAAAUCUCUCAUUCUGAACCUUCUUUUUACCGGUAGGAACAGCCAUAGACUGUCCUCGUAAGCAACAACAAAGACGCAUUUCCUGGUUUGUAGAACCACCAAAAGGAAAGAAAAAGACUUUUUUUUAGACAUUUCUAUGAUAAAAAACUGAGAUAUGUUUACACAGAAGAAGAUUUAGAUGUCUCAGUUCUCUGAGCCAAACAAUUGUUUCUUUUUCUGCUGUUUUCUCUACUAAUGGUUUAACAAUUAAGCUGAGAGUUUAAGGAGCCCAGUAUGAUUCUGGCAGUGUUCUGGUGGUCUGAAUUGCAGUGUCACUCUGUAAAUAAUUUCUUACAUAAUUGUAUUUAGUUUUCUAUUGAUCUGGGUGGAGCAGAGCGCCUACAUCAGACCUCUGGUUUAGUAACGACUUACCACCACCGUUCUCCACCCGCUUUGCUUUGCAGACUGAGCUUCUGGAAAUGCUACAAGCAGCACAGACUUUUCUCCUCCCGAAUCUUCCCAAAGGCUGUUCCUCAUGUUCUCAGUGAAUGUCAGGCUCCUCCCCACCCCUCUGUGGAAGGUUGGUAAGGUGUGGGGUGAAAUGCCUCGGCCCAUCGAUCCACGCAGUCCAGAUCCCUCUGCAGAGCCUUCCUACCCUCAGGCAGAUCAACACUCCCCCAGCUUGUCUGCAAACUGAUUGAGGGUGCACUCAAUCCCCUCGUCCAGAUCAUCGCUAAAGAGAUGUCGAGGGUUUGAUUGCGGGGUGACAAUAAAACCCUGGCAGGUGUAUUGUUAACCCCCUCUCCCGCCACUUUCCCCCUUCAAUCCCCCCUCUCCCCCUUCCCACUCAGCACAGGCGAUCAGGAGGGAAAGAAGGACGGAGAGAAGAGAGUUGGAAAAUUAACAAUGUUUUACUAAUGCUACUGAUAAAAUAGAGAAAAUAAUACAAAAUGUACAAAACCAAUCUUGAAAGUCUCAGCAGCUGCAGAGCCGGCACCCGAAGUCCUGGACUGGACUCUGCAGCCAACCGGAGCUGGAUUCAGUCUGUCACUGGCCUCAGUUCGCAGGGACGACUCGCAAGGUCCUCUCCUAAUGUCGACCAUAGGGAAAAGGGACGAGAUCCUCGUGAUCUCCCACUUUUAUAUGAAGUAUCACGUGAAUGGGAUGUUCUACACAGUUGGUCAGUUUUUGGUCACCUGUUUCUCGUUGCCCCUCUCGCGAGAUGUCCAUCCAUCCUUAUCAAUAACUUCACAUUCUGUUGCUGUGUUUACCAAAACAUGUAUCUGGUUCUCCAGGAAAAUGCAGCUCAUAUGAAGCUUUAGCUGACAGGCAAAUUCACUAAAAGAGAAACUUGUUUUUAACAAAACCAGGACAAGAGAUUAAAUAGAACUGGCCCCAGCACCGAGCCUGGGGGGCACCACUCAUGACUGGCUGCCAUUUGGAUUGUCAAGCUCUAGACAGUCAAACCCUCCUCCUCUCCUCGCCUCUCCAUGCCGAGGAGACUCCAGCCAUCCAAUGCCGCACUCCAGUUGUGCGAGUCGGCCCAGCAGGUUUCCACGAUGGCAAGGAGAUGACAGUUUUCCUGCCGCACGCUGGCUUCCAGCUGCUCCUGCUUGUUGCCCACGCUGCGUGUGUUGGGGUAGAUACGCUUCAGUUGGGCUGCUGAUCUUGCCGCCGUUUUGAGGGGAGCAGCCCCGGUUCCUAUGUGACUGUUCUCAGUUGUCUCCCCGGUUUGUAACACAUCAAUGACCUUUGUGUCUUUGCGAUGUGGAUCUCCAUGCCCUGCCCCACUGAGGAGGCAAAGGUGCUGUGUGCAUUACUGCACAGACACUUCCAGUGUGAUCCAGCGUACUCAGCAUGUUGUGGGGCAGACAGAAGGACCCGCUAGCACUCUGUCCUUCAACUGUUGGUGUGCUGCCCACACACUCAUCUCUGCUGAGCCUGGCUUUAUGCCUUUCCCCCUUCGAAUCUAGUUUAAUGCUCUUCCAAUGACCCCUGAAAACUCCUGUGCAAGGAUCCUUUUCUCCUUUUGAAAGGGUCUGUCACCAGCAGCCCUGGUGUCGUUUAAACUGACCCAUGAUCCAAAAAAACCCAAAUUGUGCCUGCGACACCAGGUAUUGAUCUGCUGGGUCCUUCUGUUUUUCCCCUUGCCAUUCCUAGAACUGGAGGGACAGAAGACACUACUUGUGCUCCUGAGCCCUUGACCAGUUGUCCCAUGGUUCUGAAGUCUCUCAUGAUCACCCUUGGACUUCUUGUUGCAAAUCCAUUGCUACCUACCUGAAAAAUCGAUAACAGAGAAUAAUCUGAGGGCUGUAGCAGGGCAGGGAGGUUUCACAUCUUUAAUCCUGGCCCCAGGGAGGCAGCAGACUCCUCUAAGAAGUGAGUCUGAGCUGCUGGGCUUUCAGUUCCCCUCAGAAGGGAGUCUUCUGUGACAAUGACCUGCCUUCUUUUCUUUAUGGAAGUGGUUGUGAUACAGACUGUAGACUGUUGUCACGGUUGAGACGGACAAACGACAUGGACCAAAUUCUUUCAAGAUGAAAGUAAUAGGUGCCAUUUAUUGCUACAAGUGCAUUUUUAUACAAUUCUACAAGUUCAUGUGUCUUUUCACCAUUGGUUACAAGUUACAGCACUAACAUCUCAUGGGUUAAUUUUUCUGUCAUCCAUGUUAUUCUUCUAUCCCCUUCUCUCUCACGGGUACAACUCCAUAUCUCCGGAUACUCCUUUACUCCCAUCCUUCUCAAGGGUAAAUCUUCAUAUCUUCAAGGCUGAUCGCUACUCCCAUAUUUUCUGUCAAGGAUUCCACAGACCCGCUGCAGUUUCCCACAGACUGUCUUAACCAUGGUGACUUCUCCAAGCUGGAUCAACAAUUGUCCUUAUUAUUGUUUGGUUCUGCUUGCAGAGCCUUGUACCCAUCAUCCGUGUCUGCCUCGCAGGUGGGAUGGGCACGGAGGAGAUGGGCCUGUUGUGCCAGGCAGGGACUUGUCACCAUUGUCCUCCUGUCCCUUUCAGUUACUAUGUUCAGCAGGUGGCCUGUGUUCAGCAGAGACCUCUCCUUAGGAAAAGGAGGAAAGAAACGGCUGCAAACUGGACUGUUGUGGAGCGCAGAGGGCAGCCAUGGAGUUAGGAAGGCAUGUCUUGACUCUGCAUCCAGAGCAGGCUAGCUGGAUGAAUGGGGUGCGCUGGCUGCAUUGAAUAUAAAAUCAUGGAAUUGUAGAACAGUUUAGGUUGGAAAAAACUUUUAAGAUCAUCGAGUCCAACCACAACCCACCCCUGGCACUGCCCCAUGUCCUGAGAACCUCAUGUCCGUCUGUCCAGCCCUCCAUGGCUGGUGACUCCAGCACUGCCCUGGGCAGCCUGUUCCAAUGCCCCGCAGCCCUUUGGGGAAGAAACUGUUCCCACAUCCAACCUCAACCUCUCCUGGCGCAACUUGAGGCCAUUUUGUCCCAUCACUUGUUACUUGGGAGAAGAAACCAACCCCUUCCAUGCUCCAAGCUCCUUUCAGGCAGUUCAGAGAUCAGAAGGUCUCCCCUCAGCUCCUGUUCUCCAGCUGAACCCCCAGGUCCCUCAGCCGUUCCAUCACACUUGUGCUCCAGCCCCUCACCAGCUCCGUUCCCUUCUCUCCACUCGCUCCAGCACCUCAAGGGCUUUCUUGGUGCGAGGGGCCCAGAACUGACUCCAGGAUUCGAGGUUUGGCCUCCCCAGUGCAGGGGAUGGUCACUGCCCUGGGCCUGCUGGCCACGCCAGAGCUGGUACAAAAUGUGGAAGCCAAUGCAGCAGAAAGGCUCGUGAGGCCCCAGCGCUCCCCAGCGUCGGCCGCAGGGUGUGAGCUGGGAGUUGUGGCUCGGACAGGCCAUCCUGGGCAGCGAGAGACCCCUGCGGUGGGAGCUGCUGUGGCUGUGGAGCUCCUCUGGGGAGCGGCUCAGACUGUUGGCUGCAGUUCCGUGGUGGAGCGGGCAGGUUGUUCUGUGGGGCAGCGGGAGGGAGUGGAGCUGGGACCUGUGGAGCAGAUAGGGGCCAGAUGAGUCCUGGGUCCUGCUGCUUCUCCUGCCCAGGCUUUCUUCACCAAGGCCCUUCCAGAGGGACUGGGACUUCCUUGAGGCCUCAUCCAUUCUGCAGAUGGGCUCCCUGGACAGUGAGGAUGCGAGUGAGAUGCCACUGCAGGUACCAAACCAUCUGUCUCCAGGGAGAGCCCUGGGAGCCGGGGAUUCCCAGGGCUGGAGCACAGCUGGUUGGGUGCAGGCCGCGGGGAGGGCGAAGGGACCCUUUGGUCAGGGUGGGGAUGCUCACAGGUGGGGCUGCCUUCCUUGCUCCUGACACUGGAGGCAGGUUAAAACCCUUCUGAAGAAAUGUUCUGAAUAGUGUCAUUGCAGAUGAACUUUGUAUUUUUAAGGAAUAAACAUUUUUUAUGGGCA